AAGCAUCCAUUCAUAUGUAAUGCAUGUGAUAGUAGACCACUAAGAGAACUGAUUAGUGAACAUAAAGCAGAAGUUUUUGAAGAGGUUACCGAAGAAGUUACUGAAGAUGACGAUGAGGUUCCAUCGGGCUUAUCUUCAUCACAUAUGAGUGUUAAUAGUGAAGCUGGUGGUGAUAGCGGGUCAAAUUUGAGUGAUGUAUCAGAUACAUCUGGUUUUAAAACAGAAGGCCCAUCUCUGAAGUCUACUUGUGACUCAAUUACAGAUUUAUCUGAAAAUUCAAGGCAAAUAUCUAAAAACCUCAAGGAUCAACAUGUAAAACACAUGGCUCCAAAGUAUCCUGAAGUUGAAACAAAGUCACUUCAGAGACACAAAAGUAAAGAAGAUGUGUCGUGUGUUAGAAACGAAAGUUUAAAAAAGGCACAAAGUACUCCAUCAUUAUUAGAAAAUGAAACUCUUUUGCCUAGGAAGCCAGCUGCACCAAAAGUUCCAAAGCAAGUUUCUCCAGGCCGUCCUGUCAGUUGCAUUGAUUCUGUAAAAAGUAUAAAUUCUGCUCCUUCUGAAAAUAAAGUUAUUGUUAUAUCUAAUUUUAAUGAUGAGAAAAAUAGUUCCUGUGCUAAUGAAAAAUCAUCACCUCCUGUUUUAAGAAGUCCAGAAAACAAGGAUGUGUUUAAUAGAAGUCUUUCAAAUAGUUGGUCAGUAAGUACAUUGUCCAAAACACCUACUCCAGAUAGUCCUAAAGUUAUUGUGUCUUCCAGUCAUAGCAUUUUAAAUGAACCUGACUGUGCAAAAAGCAAUACAUCUCCUUCUUCUUUGGAUUCCAGUCACAUCUCCAUUGUUACAAUUGGUGAUAUUGAACAAGUUAAAGAUUCCUCAGUUUGUGUGGAAGGCACGACUACCACAUCAACUGAUGUCGAUGCUCUGCCUCUGGAGAGUAAUGAAGUUGUAAUUCUCCAAACACCAUCUACCCACACACUUUCAAAAUCAGAUGUAGUGGUAGUCAGGACAUCAGACUGGACUAAUAGCUCAUUUAGUGAACCAGUUAUUCCACAGAGUGAUGAUAAAACUCGUAAACCUGUAGUUGUAAAUGCAGUACCCAGGUCUAUAUCUAGUCAUAAAGAUUUUAAACUGUCUGUAAAAAAUACUUCAACUCCCAGAGAAAUGAGCUCUGAAAAGAAACCUAAAAUUAGAGUUAGUGUCAAUUUGAAAAAGGAUCCUUCAUAUCCAUCUCCUCCUCAUUCCCCAGUGAUAUCUCAGCCUGCUUCAUCACCUACUCAUCAGCAGACAUCUUCUGAUGAUGGUUCUGUUUGCCCAGUGCCUUCUGAAAAUGGAAGAAAUUCAUUAGGGAAGAAAAUAACUAGUGAUUCUGAAAGUGUUUCGACUCUAGAUAGUAUUGGCAGUAGUGAUAAAGAAAACAGAAAUCAGGAAGAUGAGAAUGAAGUAACUUUGAGAAGGAAAAAGGAAUACACAAAUAAUUUAGCAUCUAGAAAACUAAACGGAGUUGCUGUGAAACCUAAAGCACCUCGUCCAAAAACUUUGAAAAAAACAAGAAAAUUUAUGGUAGAUGGUGUUGUAGUUACAACUACUACAAGUAAAAUAAUAUAUGAAGAUGAUGAAUUAACUAUGAAAGAAGACCAUAUAUUAAG